AUGAUCAGAAAGUUGGUCCCCCUGGCAUCCGCCGGGGACAGUGCUCAGUCCUCCACAUCCGAACAACCCUUUCAAGCAGACUCAAAGAGGAAACGCCAGCAGGCUGAUAUUGCUUGCAAUGCUUGUCGAAGGAGGAAAUCUCGCCGAUCAUCCGACUGCACCUACGCUCAGAAACGAGAAGCUCUUCAGUCGUCCUACGAAUCCCAUGAACCGCAGGAACUCCUUGACAUUCUCAAGUCUGUAACGGAGCAACAUGCCGUUCAGAUUUUACGCCUCUGGAGGAGCGAUACAGACAUUGCUGCCGUACUUUCUUUCGCCAGAGGUGCGGUCAACGUAAAACCAAGUAUGGCAGAUGUUGUCGUUGACAAAGCCGAACCAUCGGAGAACUCGUCUUUGGAGUUGGAACUGAUGGCCAACUUCCCCACUGCCUACCCUAACCUUCGUACCAUUCCAGCCACCGCACCGGAACGUGACGCACUACUUUGCCCCAAUAGCUCACGCCGAUCAAAGCCAUUCGAAAACCAACCGCCUGACGAAGGGGUUUCGUCUAUCAUGUCUGAUGGUGCAGGUCAAAAUACAAACGGUCCGUUUCAUAUGGCGGGACCGCCAGAUGGGCAAGGAAAUCCGGGACUCAGUAUCUGUGACGAUCGACUGCAUCACCUCGACAUCUCUUUCUGGACCACGGUCUCUAUUUCCAAUAACCUCGCAGCCCGCAUAUUGUCUGUAUACCUUACAACUGAUCAUCCUCUGCUUGGCACCUUCGAUCCAAACCUGUUCGUCUCCGAUCUUGUCAAUCGUCAGACAACCAAUUGCUCCCGGCUUCUUGUCUGUACGGUGCUGUACUGGGGAUGCCAAAUUUACGGUGCAUUUGACCAAAAGGUCCGUGAUUAUACGAACUCGUUUUGCAACGAGGCUGAGGAGCUUUGGCUGCAUGAGCAGCACAAUGACACAAGCCUCAACGUUACCAGCGCCCAGUUGUUGAGCUUGGCUUAUCUUGGGCACGGAAAAGAUCAUUAUGUUUUGAGAUUCCUCUCGGCUGCUAUCGAUAUGGGGAAGAGGUUAUACCUUCUUGACGUCGACCCCUCGCUGGCAAGGGGAAACCUGGCAAAUCUUUCACCCGAGGUACAGAGGCGGAUGGCAUAUACGGCGUGGGGGCUCUUCAAUUGGGCGGUCCUCACCACAAUGUUUUACCAACAACCAAACCUCCAAUACCCCGAACAUCCCCCCGUACUUCCAAUACCGGAUGGUGAGAUAGCUGAUGCAUCACCUAAAAGGCUGGCUCAUGUUGACGCUCAUAUGAUAACUCCAGCUUCGCCUUGGUUCAUGGGCCACACGUUUCCCGCACUUUGUUCAUUCUGGAAAAUUAUGCAGGGCGUGAGUAUUUCUUACUACAAGAAUCGAGAAAGUCCGCUACAAGAGCAUAUAAACCUGAACUUUGCGGAACUUAAAUAUCGUGAACUUCUCGAUUGGUCUCAAGCUCUACCACCAGAUGCCGCCUUACGAGAUGACAGUCCCCACCAUGUAGUUAUCCUGCACAUUUGGUUUCACGCUGCCGUUCUCGACAUAUUCCGGCCCUUUGUACACGGACCCCAGCGAGAUCGUUCCCGUGUCUUAUCCUUUUCCGAGCGACAUCUGUCCCCGGAUGAUGCCUUUGGCACGUCCGUACGGCAACUCAAGCAAUUAGUCAUAAACUAUCGCUGCUAUCAUAAAUCCUCCACCUAUACCAUGCUAUGGCAGACAGCCCUCAUUUAUGUCUCAAAUGCCGUGCUCCACGACACACACGACCCUGAAUGGCGUUUCUAUUUCUUGGCAUGUAUAUAUGCUUAUGAAGGUCUCCGAAAGUCAUAUCGUGUUGCGGAGCUGAUAUCUCGGGCACUGUUGACUAUGGCGCUCCGUGGGGGAUGCAUGACAGUCAGUGAAGCCAAUACUCUCGAAGUCCAAAUGACGGAAGCAGGGGGGGGACUCUUGAAGGACGACGAUGUUCGCGCCACAUUCAUGGUUGAUCUUGACUUGGCCAUGUCGAACCCCGAGGCGGCGAGGGUAGAGGUCCUUGCAAAAAGGUUCAAUGAAAUUGUCCUGUUUCGAGACCUUACUACCGUGGAUGAUGAAGAGGCGCAGAGCUUCCGCCGGCUAUAG